CUGAAGGGCGCUCGUGCUCGGUUCUGCCGAACUGACCGUUGAGCCACGGAACUGGUCGCGCGCUCCUCACGCGCGAUUAUAGUUUGCGCUGACAGCAACCGUCACACGUUAAACUCCCACAACUGUGCCCGACGUAGACAUUCCGUAAACCCGGUAAAGCUUAGAAGUUGUCCGUUUCUUUCCAAGCGCCUCUCUUCCAUGCAAGGAUGUGAAUUUCCACAGGAGGAUUUAAAGUCGUGCCAUGGUUUUGACCCGCGCGCUCCUCACAGAAAUGGGCCGCUCCGCAUCGACGGGUACAUGAAUCUGAGUUCCACCGGCCAGAUGCCUGAGAUGGAAGAAGUAGAUACCAAUGAGAGCAACGGCUUGGCGAAGAGGGUUGCUCUCAUCAGCUUCCUGUCACUGGUUAUGCUCAUGAGCGUCCUGGGGAACCUGCUGGUGAUGGUGGCCGUCUGUAAGGACCGGCAGCUCAGGAAAAUCAAAACCAACUACUUCAUCGUCUCGCUGGCGUUUGCUGACCUGCUGGUGUCAGUGCUGGUGAUGCCGUUUGGUGCCAUAGAACUGAUCCAUCAGAACUGGAUCUACGGAGAGACUUUCUGCCUGGUCCGCACCUCUCUGGACGUGCUGCUGACCACAGCCUCCAUCUUACACCUGUGCUGCAUCUCCCUUGACAGGUACUAUGCCAUCUGUUGCCAGCCGCUGGUCUACAGGAAUAAGAUGACACCUCUGAGAGUGGCUCUAAUGAUUGGAGGAUGCUGGAUAAUCCCAACUGUCAUUUCCUUCCUACCCAUAAUGCAAGGCUGGAACAGUAUUGGAAUAAAGGACUUGAUAGACAAGCGGAAGAUCUCCGGCAACUCCACAGUGUGUGUGUUCAUGGUGAACAAGCCAUACGCGCUGACCUGCUCAGUAGUGGCCUUCUACUUACCGCUUGUCCUGAUGGUCCUGGCGUACCAACGCAUCUACGUCACUGCGCGAGAACACGCUCGACAGAUCAGCAUGCUGCAGCGAGCUGGAGGAGCAGGGAAUGCGGACAGCGCAGACCACCAGCGCAACCACCGCAUGCGCACCGAGACCAAGGCGGCCAAGACUCUGUGCAUCAUCAUGGGCUGCUUCUGCCUGUGCUGGGCCCCGUUCUUCAUCACAAACGUGGUGGACCCCUUCAUAGACUACAGUGUUCCUGAGCAGCUGUGGGCCGCCUGCCUCUGGCUGGGCUACAUCAACUCCAUGCUCAACCCUAUCCUCUACGCCUUCCUCAACAAGUCCUUCCGUCGUGCCUUCCUUAUCAUUCUCUGCUGCGGACACAAGCGAUACCGCCGACCCUCCAUCCUCGGCCCUGGAACGACCUGCACGGCCACGCAGAUUAAUGGAUCUACACACGUACUAAAGUAUGCAGUUCUUCACAAUGGAAACCACACCGAACAGGAGAAACUGUCAAUACAGAAUGACACAGAGUCCCAGGAGUCAUGUUUCUGACACAGGCCACCCUCUAAUGAGGACCAGCUCUGGAAGGUCCCAUUUCUUACGGGCCUGCCUGCAGCUCAAGCCCGACCGGAGCGUUUCAGGACUCACAUACUGGGAGCUGGACUGAACCGUCUGCUCAAAGAGCUGCUGAACAAUGAAGGAAAGAGUAAUGUUGCCAAAGGUAUCUGGUCUAGAUUUUAGGAUAUGAAUUUCCAUGGCAAAGGAAUGUUGGUAAGGGUCCCCCCCACCCCAGAAUUUGAUAAUUUCUUUUGGUAAUGCCAAAACUGCAUCUUGCAAGCUUUAUGCAGAGAGGUUUUAGAGCUCUAUGAGGUCAGGAUAACACUUCCUGAAAGGUACUGCACAAAUGCUGAGUAGCUGACACUUUAUUAAACAAAAAUAAAGAUUUAUUUUUGUUCUAGAAAUUAAAAUGAGUUCCACAAACAAACAUUCAUACCACAGUAUUGAGAGCUGGGCGCAUAGCUGACCAGCUCCUCCAUUUCCCCAUAUAUUUUUCCAUAUAUUCUGAAUAUAUAGAUUUUUUGCCCAACAAGAUUCAGGCAUCCUUAAGCAUAUUCUGAAUAAAAUUGCAUAAAAGGGAUCUUUCAGUGAAUAUGGCAUAUUUAAGAGCUAUAAAACACAAAAUUUCUUAAAGAAUUUCAUAAAAACAUGACUUUUUUCCAAGCAAUUAAAAUCAUAAUAUCUCCAUUUUUACAUUGUUCUUUUGUGAACUGAAAUCUGGGCUGUGUAAGAUUUCUUAAGCUCUUUUGGAAAGGAGAUUUAAUCAGAGUUUGUUUGUGUAAUUUGUCUUCUCGUAAAGCCUUCUGAAUACACAGAUUUCUUUGACCCAAAGGUGACUGUAUUCAGUAAGGUCAGUUUUGUGCUUUGCUAAAUGCAUCCAUUUCUUAAUGAUUUCCAUACAAUAUCUUCUGACGCAAUUCACCGACAUACACAGAGCAGUGCUUUUCUGAGAGCGUUAACACUACAUGAUGCCUGCUGACUCUGCCUGUUACUGAGAAAGUGUCAGGCCAGUCCAAACAAAACCUUUGGUGACAGCAACCAGGGCCACUUCUCCCAAAUACUGAGUUUUAAACAGUUUCAAUGGUUCUUGCAAAGGUUCUUAAAGGUAUAGUUUGGACAAAAAAAAUAAUAUUAUUUAUUCACCCUCAUGUGAUUUAUAAUUGUUUCUUCUGUGAAACACAAAUGAUGCAAAGUGGCAUUAAUUCAUAAUAUAUAAAGGUUAGUUCACCCUAAAAUGAACAUGUUGUCAUUAUUUACUCACCCCCAUGAAUUUCCAAUCCCAUGAGACCUAUAAUCAUCCUCAGACCUUUUGCUGUCUGAGGGUGAAGGAGAUCUUUGGUUUCUUUCACAAUAUAUUUAUUUGUGCUCCGAAGAUGAACAAAUGUCUCCAGGGUUUGGAACAAGAUGGGGAGAGUAAUUUAAUCUUUCACAUUUCAUGGUUUCUCAGCAGCAGAAGUAAACUGAGUAAACUGAAGUGAACAAAAUUUUGCAUUGCAGUUUGCUUAAAAAAAAAAAAAGAAAAACUAAAAUAUUGUAUGACAACUUACAGAAAGCAAAAAUCUUGUCAAGACUGAUAACGGCAGCCAGAAGAGAAAAGAAACCUGGGAAAACAAGCGCAUCUCAACACAUGAGCAUUGUGAUUUCAGCUCUCUCUGUUGUGAGCGUGCUUGUUUUGCAUCUACAAUUAUAAGUAAUGCAGUUGAGAUCAUAAGAGACAACAGUGUAAUCAUAGAUGUACCUACAGACAUUCACUUCAAAAGUAAUAACAUGAAGGUAUACAUUUAAAUAAAACACAGUGUAAACCCGCAUGUAUGCAGCCAGUAAGUAUUCAUAAAUGUUAAUACAACAUAUUUCAAGUGGGUUCUAUUGCUGCUCAGUCGAUUUUUCAGUCAUUUUCAGAGAAUUUUUGUGGAAAAUCCAGAAUUUUAAAAAAUCCCACACGUUUCACAAUAAGCUCAGGUUGGUCAAGUAAAUUUGACUUGGUGACCAACAUAAAUCUUCUUUGUUUUUAAUAUGACUUCUGUACUGUGCUUCAUUACAAGCCAAUCUCAUAACAAUUCAUGACAAUUCAUGGUGCAUUAUUGGCUAUUUAAUAUGAAUUCAUACAAUCUAAUUUGUAUACAGUCUGCUUACUUAAAAAAUCUUAGAUUUUUGUUUGAAGGAUAUGUAGGAAUAUAUAAUUAGCCACUAACUCAUUGUUAUUUUGUUGUUGCAUAAAAUCAGGUUGCUGUUUUGCUGAACAUUGCCAAAUUUUCUUUAAAACCAUUGGAUACAUUUUGAUAGAAAAAUGGAGGAAAUAUUCUUCCUUCAAUUUCCACUGAAAAAGGUUCAUACAGAUUUGAAGUGACAUGAGGAUGGUCAUUUUCGGGUGAACUAUCUCUUUAAAAAAUUGUGUGAAAGCUUCGCAGGCAUCAGGUGAGUAAAUAUUGCUCCUGCGUAAUUCAAUUUAAAAAGUCAUGAAUAAACUAAAAUAAAUGAUUUAAAUUCCAUGAAUUAAAUAAAUAAAUCAGUAGAUAAAUUUUAAUUCCUUGACAUUUAUAACUAAAAGCUCCUAAAACAGUGAUGUGCCAUAAUAAAGCUCACUUCCAGAGUUGAGGACCCCAAUAAACAUGCUCCCUAGACAGCCUCAAUAUAGCAGAAGUGACCCAGAACAAUCUCCAUCCCUCAUCUCAGCCCCUGUCAGGCUGCUGAACUGUGCCUCCGCCUCAGAUUAAUUACCUUUGGGAACUCCAAUUGUUUGAAUUGAUCUAAGAGAUGUAAAUAUUUUGAAAUAAUUACAUUUGAUGUGUCACUCGGUUUCUUCAGGAAACAGGUUUGGUUUUGUUUGCUGUUUGCAGGGAUGUACUGACCGCAGUAAUGUCAGCAUAACACACGCACACACAUACACAGAAAAAAAAUGUACAUGUACAGCUCAGCACUGUCCUCAUGCGUCAGCUUUCUGAUUAUUUUAAAACAACAACCUCUCCUGCAAAUAAAGCACUUGUAGCACUUUUAUAAUAUGAAGAUUAUUGCCUCCACAAGUCAUUCAGUAUUCUGGUCACGAAUAGGCCGUAUAAAUAUUUGAGAAAUAUGAAAGGAAUUUGACUUUCGUGAUCAGUUUUUUAUAAAGGUAAUCACUGAUGGGUAGUGGCGGACGUGGUGAUGCGAUGAAGGAACAAAUAAGAUACACUAAGAUUUGAUCAACCAAUGGAAGAAUCUAUUAUGGCUUUAUUUGUUGGAAUGCUAACAGAGCUAGCUACAUUAUCUAGUUCAAGGAAAUUCCCACUUUAGCUUUCUUUUUCUCAUCCUCUCGUUUUUUAUCAAGCGAUAUUUAAUUUCUAAAGGUAGAGAUUAGAUUGAUUUUCUUGUACAUAGGAAUAUAUUUUUAUGCAAAAGAUUUGAUAGUGGUCAGUGUGUUCCUUGAAAUGCUUUAGUCGAAUGCGUUUCUUCUUCCAGUCUGGUGUAUGACCAUGAAAUACCGUGUCAUUCGAAGCAAUGUCCAGAUAAACUGUACGCUGGGCUACUUAUUUUUUUGUUUUGUUUUGUUUUUUACAAUCAAACAUGUAUAAAUGGUCGUGCCUUCACCUUACAAAUGUACAGAGCAUUGUGAUUCGCAGUGAAACUGUGCAAGUUAACACCAAUAAAUGCUGGCAGUGGUUGAAAAUAUUCCUUUUUAAAGGUUUAAAUGUACAAUCAAAGGCAAACUCUGAGUAAUAAUGUCCAAAAUUGAGAUACUCUGUUUUCAUUUCUACACUUUUAAUUAUGUAGCACAUGUGUUUUGAUUUGAAGGUACUUUGAGGUAAUUUCAGGGCAUUUUCACACCUUUUGCUUUGUUCUGAAACAGACUUCAUUUGUUACAGUAUUGCAUUUUAUUCUUGGUUCAGUUUCUAUUAGAGAGCAGCAUUUUAAAGCACACCAUGAUGUGUUUCUGCAAGUCGCGUGUGAGUAAAUCUAUUCUCAUUGGCAUAUCCCAUAUUAUAGACUGUAGGGGUAGUCAAGUACCAGUCAGUACUGACAUUUUAAAAACAUUAAUUUCCUGUUAACAUUUGAGCAAUGUUGAGCAAAUAUUAGUGAGAAUUUUUUACAUUUCAAAUUCAAGAGUUCACGAUUAAGCUGCAUUUACACUGCAUGGUGACUCAAUUUCGAUUUUUUUCUCCCAUGUGGCACAGAUUGGAUAUGGCCCAUGUACGUGUAAGCAAGAAAAAAUCACAUGGAUUCCGAUUGACUCAAAUCAGAUUCAGGCCUUGUUCAUUUGUGGAAAUUCAUCUGAUAUGAAUCGGAUCUGUGUCCUCGUGUCUGCAGUGUAAGCAGGUAGAUUGGAUUUUCACCUGUCAAUGCGAGUCGCACAUCAUUAAAAACCAUAGCGAAUGACAUAAACACUGGCACUUUCACUUCGGAACAGACUUCAGCAGAGUCCCAAACCUUAAAUCUCAUACACGAGGACUAAAAAGGCUUUUAUAUUGUCAUAUGGCACAAGUAUUUAAGCAUGAGAGAGACAGAGCAUGCACGUAACCAAUAUAAACUAUUAUAAAACUGUGGCAUACGUUAUGUGCAUAAAUCACGCCAUGGACAUGACAUUAAGAUGCCAACUGGUUUAAAAAGGCCUAGAUUAAAAGAAGAUGGCCAAAUGCAAACUUUUCUGUCAUAAACUAUAGUAAAACAACUUGUCAAAAAGAACUUUAAAAAAUGAAACCCUGUGAAGAGAUUACAUACAGGAUUCAAGAAAAAGCACUCUUUUAUUAUCAGCUGUCAGCUGUCUCAUUUUUUCUUAGUCAUUGUGCCUUUGCCGUGUGCUGUGUAAAAACAGACAAUCGGAUACAAAUCAUUUUAAGAAGAAGAUGUAAAAAAAAAAAUCAGAUAGACACAAAAUCGAAAUUCACCAUCAAGAUCUGAAGUGUAAAUGCAGCCUUAGAUAUUGCUUGAUAAUAAUAGCAGGUUUGGCAUGCUGUCCCAGGAGAGAACCCUGAGCUCGAAGAUUAUUGAGCCCAGGGCUACCGCCUGGUCAAUGAGCAUACAAGGGGUACGAGAUCAGGUAUUUCUUGAGAGCCCUCUCUGGUAAAGGAGAAAAGGGGGAGAUGAGGUGGAUGGGGAGAUUCUUCGGAAAAAGAUAAGGGAGUAAUUCUUGACAGGCUAAUUAAAGGGGGUUUGGAUUAAUCCAAUUGGCUUACUAAUUAUUACGGGUGGGAGACCAGCCGCGAUCAAUCACAUCACAUGCACCUCUCGAAAUUACUUUAGAAAACUUCACUUCGAUUAGUACCGAAUUCAAUACUUUUGACAAACCUAAUGGACUGACAGAGCAGAAAUCAAGGUUUCACAAAGACAUCAUUUUUACAGUAGACGUUCUAGGACAUUUCUAUUAUGAAUUAUAGUACCACUUGGUUUACUGCUCUGUUGAGUCCAUCCUGUUCUCACACUUUCACGACUGUACAUUUUGUUGUCGCUUUUCUGAAAUACGGCUCAUAGGAGCGUUUACUAAAAUAGUGCCCCUUACUGUGAGACAUAAUGCAUUCAGACAGAGAGUUAGUACACAAUUCACUUCUCUGUUGAAGAUUCAGAGAUUUUAUUAUCAGAAAUAUAAUGAAUUUUUAAACAUUUACAAGGCAAAAGGAUCAUUCGUGAUCGAUGAAGACAUUUUGUAAAUUUCUUACUGUAAAAAAUAUACAAUUUUACCUUUCUGAUUAGUAAAAUGAAUUGCAGAGAAUUUAAUUUGGUCAACUGUGAAGCUAGUUUCCCCAAUAUUUAGAUUUUUUUGGAACUCUUAAAUUACACAUUUUCUAUUGCAACUAAUACAAAAAUGUAAUUAUAGUAACAAACAUUGUCCUAAUUGUCUAAUGAUUCCAGGUCACAUGAAAUAUAAUAAUACAAAUAAUAUAAUGAAUUCAUAUAUAUAUUACUUAUAACAAAAGACUUUUUAAAUAAUAGGAGAGGACUUGGGGUCAUUUUGGUGCAUCAAACACAUAUACACUCACCGGCCACUUUAUUAGGUACACCUUACUAGCACCGGGUUGGACGUCCUUUUGCCUACACUACUUCCAGUAGGAUAACGCACCAUGUCAUAAAGUGCGAAUCAUCUCAGACUGGUUUCUUAAACAUGACAAUGAGUUCACUGUACUCAACUGGCCUCCACAGUCACCAGAUCUCAAUCCAAUUGAGCGCCUUUGGGAUCUGGUGGAACGGCAAAUCUGCAGCAUCUGCGUGAUGCUAUCAUGUCAAUAUGGACCUCUGAGGAAUAUUUCCAUUACCUUAAUCUAUGCCAUGAAUGAUUAAGGCAGUUCUGAAGGCAAAAAUGGGUUCAUCCCGGUACAAGUAAGGAGUGCCUAAUAAAGUGGCCAGGGAGUGUAUAUGUCACUUUAAUCAUGUAGCAUGAGUUACCAUGGUGACAAAACCCAGUUAAAACCAACUGAACUUCCUCAACCCAAACGCUAAAGUUCCUGAGUUUGCUUAAACUAAACACAAAUUUAUGCCAGAACUAACUGAGCUAAGGUAGAAAAUGCAUCAGCUUCCAAAACAAACACUCCAAUAUGAGCAGGUGUGAAAAUGCCCUAACAGUAAGCAGUUUUGUUGGUGACAGCGACAAACAGCUUGCACAAUUUGCUAUCUGUGUUCUCUGGAUGUCAUCAUGUUGUUUAAUGAUGGAGAUUCGGUAACAGUUGAAGCUUAGGAUCUGUGAUUAGGAGCAGAAAGGAGAGAUGCAGCACUGAUGCAUAUGGAAGGAAAUGUGGAAAUCACGACACUCCAUAGCCAUGACAGAACCAAAAACAUUCAUAUAUGCUCCGUGUGUUAUUGCUUCUACAGAUUCGUGUCAUAUAUGACAGAAACAACAUUAGGACCUUUACCCCAAACCUUCCCUUCAGGGUAAGUCAUUACUGUGAGGAUUUUAUAUGAAAUGACCCACCGCUCCACAAAUCUCACAUACGAAGCUAAAUCGAACACGGCAGAGCCCUCCAGGCAGAAGUUCUGAGCAUGAAUGUGUUGUAAAUCUCCCAACAAGUUGUAGAACUUUUGUAAACUCAGUAUUUAUUUUGGUGGAUUUAAGAUUGAUAUUUUCAUGUAAGGCUUCUCUUUCAGGGAGCUAUGUGUAUUACUUUUUCUGUUGCUAUGUGACAGCUCUAAAAAAUGAUAAUUAAAGACUAUGAGAUGUUAUUAA